UGAUUGGUUUUAUCACAGCUGCCCAAUAGCAUUUUACCUCGUAAAUUUAAACACUGCGAUUGAGAAAGCUCUUAAAGAUUUCUCCAAGCUUUCUUGAGAGUAUUCAAGAGUUUGUAGCUCUCUGCGACGUUUGUUACAAUCUUCAAUCUAAGACCGUUAAAUUCACCUGUUACUUUUUAAUGAACAAUGCAUGCUUUUAAUAUCGUUUUCUUGUGCGUUCUAGCAUUUUCAGCGCUAUUAAUAUACAGUGUUUUCGCCGAAGUUGAACCUCACAAAGACAAUUUUCAUAAACACGAACACUUUGGUGAAAAUCAGGAACAUGACGUGCGGUACGACCACGAAGCCUUUCUUGGUCCUGAAGCCGAGGAAUUUGAGCACUUGACGCCAGAAGAAUCCAAGAAAAGACUGCGAGUUAUUGUGACUAAAUUGAUCGACACCAACAGAGACGGGCUUGUUUCUUAUGAGGAGCUGUCCGUGUGGAUUGAGAAACAGAGGAAGGCGUUCAUGUACGAAGACGUGGAUAAAAGAAUCAAGGAUGAAGACAAAGAUGGCGACAGGGAAAUUACUUGGGAAGAAUAUAAAAAAGGACGCUUUGGAGAAUGGGAUAAUAUAGAACUCCCAAAAGACCAUAAUUUGCGCCGUCAAAUUCGUAAAGCAGAGUACAAGUUCAACAUGGCGGAUGCAGACAAAAAUGGCAAAAUGAACCGGGACGAGUACGUGGACUUUGAACAUCCAGAGGAAAACAAACUGAUGGAGGAAAUUGCGUUAGAUGAAGUGAUUGAAGACGUGGAUCAAAACGGAGACGGGGUCAUCAGCGUUGCUGAAUUUCUUGGCCAGUACCAGGACGAAAACGGCCCACCCGCCUGGGUAGUGCGUCAACGACGAGACUUCCACAAAAAAUUCGACAAGAACGGUGAUGGCAGAAUGGACCGAGAAGAAGCGAGGCAAUGGGUUCUACCCGAGAACACUGACUCCCAUGACGAAACAGCGCAUCUGAUUGACGGCACAGAUGAGAAUGCCGAUGGCUUCCUGUCUGUAGAUGAGAUUCUACUUCACUGGAAUCUGUUUGUGGGCAGCCAAGCUACUGAUCAUGGCCGCACUUUAAGAAAAGUCCGACAUACAGAACUCUAGGUUAUUGUCUGUAAUAGAAUAUGCUAGAAAGACUAGGUUAGAUUAACCCUAAGUCCCGAUAAGUCAUAUUUAUAUUAAGCCUGGUAAACACCGUCAUUCUUUCCGGUAAAAAAUCCCAACGUGGUUCUUUUCAGUCUCUUCCGUGUAUUACAACUUUUCCUUUAAAACAAAUACGCCGUGAAUUUUCUGGCCAUUGGCCACAUGGAAAUAAGCGUUCACUGAAAUGCUUCUUUUGAAGUUUUUUUCUUUUUACCCCGCUUGCCAGUGAAUCAUUUUGUAGUAUAGCUUUUUCAUUUGGGAUAACUAUCUUCUAGUUUUGAUCUUGGGCUGGUUUAGUUACGUAAACUGCGAUACAGGAAUAUUUUUUACAAUCGUCAUUUUAGUACUGCAUAAAAAUUGUAACAUCUUCGUUCCACGUAGUGAUUUUUAAGAAAUAAAGUGUCUUGAGUUUAAAUUGUCCUCGUGAAGGGAGA